CACAUUCCAAAGCGGCUCCCCCUGAUCUUGUAAAGUGGUUGCGUCCAGCGUCUUCCUUAUAUGUGACGCUUCCUCCGCAGUUGGGGUCCUGUAGUAACAACAUUGCUACCUUCUUCUAAAGUUGUCCUGAAGAUGUAGUAAGAUAAAGGCCUGAGUAAAGGAUAAGGACAUUCAGGCCAUUACAGUGAUUUAUGGUUCCCAUCUCGGAGAGCUGAAAUGGCAUACUCACAGAUCCGCCUGAAAAUUCUCCCCAGUGUUCGCUGCCUUUUUGACAAACUGGUGCAGGUAAAAGUCGAGGGACUUGCUCCGCACAAACCGGUGGAACUGAGGUCUAGGCUGGUUGAUGACAGGGGGGUGGCUUUCAAGGCCUCUGCCCUGUACAAAGCAGAUGAAACUGGCCAGGUGGAUGUCAGCCGUGCACCCUCCCUGGGAGGAAGCUACACCGGAGUGGAGCCCAUGGGUUUGUUUUGGUCCAUGGCACCGGAGACUCCCCACAGUAAAUACGUGAAGAAGAAUGUGCUCAGCCCAACAGUGGUGGAGUUAGAAGCACUGAGCAGAGACACUGGUGAGAUCUUAGCCUCCGAAACCAACGAGAGAGGAUUCAUGACAGAGGGGAUGAAGAGAAUACCUGUGCAAGAAGGAAGAAUCCGAGGAGUCCUGUUCAUACCACCAGGAAAGGGUCCGUUCCCAGGGAUCGUGGAUCUGUACACAUUUGGUGGAGCUCUUUCUGAACCCAAAGCCAGCCUCCUGGCAAAUAAAGGGUUUGUUGUUCUGGCACUGGCCUAUUAUGGUUACAAGGAUUUACCAAAAAACCCUAAACAUUUUGAUUUGGAGUACUUUGAAGAGGCUGUAACAUAUCUGAGAGGACAACCAGAGGUUAAAGGUCCUGGGAUUGGCAUCACAUCGAUCUCUCACAGUUGUGGGAUGGCUUUGGCAAUGUCAUCUUUCUUCUCUGGCAUCGCCGCGACCGUCUGUGUCAAUGCCUGCAUUGGAAACACUGUGCUUCCCGUACACUACAAAGACAUUGUUAUACCUCCACUAACCCCUAUCAUCAAGAAUAUUAAAAUGACAGAUUCUGGGCUUGUAGAUAUACGCGAUGCCUUACCAGACCCCUGCUGGGAAAAGCACAAGGAGUCGUUGCUUCCAAUCGAACGUGCUAGCUGCCACUUCCUGUUCGCCGUGUCUGAAGAUGACCACAACUGGAACAGUGCGCUUUUUGCCAAGCGGGCUGCUGAAAGGCUGAGAGACCACGGCAAAGAGACCUUGCAGGUGCUAACGUACCCGAAAGCCGGCCACUUUUUGGAGGUCCCUCACAUGCCUUAUUGUCCGUCUGGGUUCCAUGCAGCUGUGGGGCAGAACGUGGUGUUUGGUGGGGAGCCAAAAGCCCACUCUGACGCUCAGCUGGACCUGUGGGGGAGAGUCCAGGAGUUCUUCAAGAGCCACUUGAUUUAACAAGAGCCCUUGAUGGCAGGCAAUGCUGCUUCAAGUGCACCAGGCAUCCCAGAAUGGCCAUCCUUAGCUAUUCUUAUCCUUGUCUCCAGUUUCUAAUAAAUUAGAUUGUCAAAGGAUCUUGAAUCAGACUGUGUCAGCAUUUUCCUGUUGAAGCUUUGGUUUAGUGAGUUCUACAAUCCUUGUCAAAGCAGAAAAAAACACAGAUGGAGCUAAUUAUGUAUUCCACUGAGGCCCAGUCCACACAUGCACUCAGGUAUUUGUGUAUACAUACAAUGCAGGUUGUCUGCUCUGUGGUUGGUUGCUUUGUUGCAGAAAAUAAUGAUUUUUUUUACUCGUACUGACACUUCAAACACAACCUAUACGGCCGCCCGUUCAUCAGACACGUUGAUUGCAUUUGUAGGACAUAGGAUUGUUUCACCUGACUCUGUAUACAUUUGCCUUAUUUUGAUUGAAACUGAUACCAAUAAAGAAUUGUUAUUAAUAAAAAGAA